AUGAUGUUCCUUUGUCUCUAUGAAAUUCUUGACAAUGGAGACUAUCGAUGGGUGUUUCAUCUUAAGGCAAGUCAGAACUUUAUGAGAAAACGACAGCAGCUUGCGCUUCCGUCUUGUGACAAUACGGGCUUUGGAAGUCUUGCUGUGUUUGCAGAGCGAUAUUUCGCAUUUCAAGAUGUCAUCAGCAGAACGGCCUGUGGAAACUCACCGAUUUUUGGGCUGGAGUAUUGGCAGAGGCCUGAUCAUGCGGACGAUAUCGAUGCGUGGAUGGGAUGUAGUCCGGCGAUGGCUUCUGUUAUCUUCAAGAUCACUGAGCUUGCACGGACGAGGAACCGAAAUAGUAUGUCCCAGAAAGAAUACGAUGUCCAAGUUGAGGAACUUGACAGGGAAUUGGCGGUUGUCAGUUCAAAUGUCACAGCUGUUGAGGCCAUGGAUGAGAACGUGCGACGGAGCGUUGAUCUCAAGAAGACCUCAGUACAGGUUUAUUUCCACUGUCUUCUAAGAGACGCAAACCCUUCGACACCGGAAGUCAUACGCCUCGUCACAAAAGUCUUGGAAUCCAUUCACAAUCUUAUUCAACAAGGCAGCGCAGCAGGGCUGUUAUUCCCAUUGUUCGUGGCAGCUGUGGAACUCGAUCCACUACAAGACGAGACCAUAUUCCUACACGAAGGGUUAGGCACAUAUUUAUCGGGAAGACAAUUGGUAUUGGAGAUUCUUGAUGCGAUGGUUGGUUCAUCGCUUGCGAAUAUUGAACGAACAAAAGCGGUUAUCCUCAAAGUUUGGAGGAUGAGAGAUUUACAUACACAGAGGGAAUCGCCUCUUGUUGGAAUGGGAGAUGCUAAUGAUUGGAAUUACUUUGUGAGUCCAUAUACACAGAACCUGAACUUGGCUUAA